GUGAAAGCCAAACUGAACGACCUCAACCAGAAGUGGGAAUCCUUGAAAGGGAAGGCCUCCCAGCGCCGGCAGGAUUUGGAAGACUCCCUGCAGGCCCAGCAGUACUUUGCCGACGCCAACGAGGCUGAAUCUUGGAUGAGGGAGAAGGAGCCCAUUGUGGGGAGCACGGACUACGGAAAGGACGAGGACUCUGCCGAGGCUCUUCUCAAGAAGCACGAAGCGUUGAUGUCUGAUCUCUCCGCCUACGGCAGCAGCAUUCAAGCCCUGAAGGAGCAGGCCCAGGCUUGUCGGCAACAAGUAGCCCCCACGGACGACGAAACGGGCAAAGAGCUGGUCUUAGCCCUGUACGACUACCAGGAGAAGAGCCCUCGCGAAGUCACCAUGAAGAAGGGGGACAUUCUGACUCUCCUGAACAGCACCAACAAGGAUUGGUGGAAAGUGGAAGUGAACGACCGUCAGGGUUUCGUGCCGGCUGCGUACGUGAAGAAGCUGGACCCCGCGCAGUCCGCCUCUCGCGAGAACCUCUUGGAGGAACAGGGCAGCAUCGCCUUGCGCCAAGAACAGAUCGAUCACCAGACUUUCCUUACUAAGGAGAUCGGCAGUGUAUCUCUGCGUAUGAAACAGGUGGAAGAACUGUACCACUCCCUCCUGGAACUGGGAGAGAAACGUAAAGACAUGCUGGAGAAAAGCUGUAAGAAGUUCAUGCUGUUCCGGGAGGCCAACGAGCUGCAACAGUGGAUCCACGAAAAGGAGGCCACCUUGGCCAACGAGGAGAUGGGGGCUGACCUGGAGCAGGUGGAGGUGCUGCAGAAGAAGUUUGAUGACUUCCAGAAGGAUCUGAAAGCAAACGAGUCCCGUCUGAAGGACAUCAACAGGGUGGCAAAUGACUUGGAGUCAGAAGGUCUCAUAGCUGAAGAGGUCCAAGCAGUGCAACAGCAGGAAGUCUAUGGAAUGAUGCCACGGGAUGAAGCUGAUUCCAAGACUGCAUCUCCUUGGAAGUCUGCACGGAUGAUGAUACACACAGUAGCCACAUUCAACUCCAUCAAGGAGCUGAACGAGCGCUGGCGAUCUCUACAACAGCUGGCAGAAGAGAGGAGCCAGCUGUUGGGAAGUGCCCAUGAGGUCCAGCGGUUCCACAGAGAUGCCGACGAGACCAAGGAGUGGAUCGAAGAAAAGAACCAGGCCCUCAACACCGACAACUACGGGCAUGACUUGGCAAGCGUGCAGGCCCUUCAGCGCAAGCAUGAGGGCUUUGAGAGAGAUUUGGCAGCUCUGGGAGACAAGGUCAACUCUUUGGGAGAAACUGCGGAGCGGUUGAUCCAGUCCCACCCCGAAUCCUCGGAAGAUCUCCAGGAAAAAUGCACAGAACUGAACCAGGCUUGGAACAGCCUGGGGAAACGGGCCAACCAGCGCAAGGAGAAACUGGGCGAAUCCCACGACCUGCAGCGUUUCCUGAGUGACUUCAGGGACCUCAUGUCUUGGAUCAAUGGCAUCCGAGGCCUCGUGUCCUCCGAUGAGCUGGCCAAGGACGUGACAGGAGCAGAAGCUUUGUUGGAGAGACACCAAGAACACCGCACCGAAAUUGACGCCAGAGCUGGCACCUUCCAGGCAUUCGAGCAGUUCGGGCAGCAGCUCCUGGCCCGCGGCCACUACGCCAGCCCUGAGAUCAAGGAGAAGCUGGAUAUCCUCGACCAGGAACGGGCGGACCUGGAAAACGCCUGGGUCCAACGCCGAAUGAUGUUGGACCAGUGUCUGGAAUUACAGCUCUUCCACAGGGACUGCGAGCAGGCAGAGAACUGGAUGGCUGCACGGGAGGCCUUUUUGAACACGGAAGAUAAGGGGGAUUCUCUGGAUAGCGUGGAGGCCCUGAUCAAGAAGCACGAAGACUUCGACAAGGCCAUCAACGUCCAGGAGGAAAAGAUUGCUGCUCUCCAGUCCUUUGCCGACCAGCUGAUUGCCGCCGAUCAUUAUGCUAAAGGGGUCAUUGCCACCAGACGCCACGAGGUGCUGGACAGGUGGCGUCGGCUGAAAGCUCAGAUGAUCGAAAAGCGGUCCAAACUGGGAGAAUCCCAGACCCUGCAGCAGUUCAGCCGAGACGUGGAUGAAAUUGAGGCCUGGAUCAGCGAGAAGCUCCAGACAGCGAGCGACGAGUCCUACAAAGAUCCUACCAAUAUCCAGCUUUCCAAACUCUUGAGUAAGCAUCAGAAGCACCAGGCCUUCGAAGCAGAGCUCCACGCCAACGCGGACCGAAUCCGCGGCGUCAUUGAUGUCGGAAAUUCCCUCAUUGACCGGGGUGCUUGCGCUGGCAGCGAAGAGGCCGUGAAGACUCGUUUGGCGGCCUUGGCUGACCAGUGGGAGUUCCUGGUGCAGAAAUCGGCAGAGAAGAGCCAGAAGCUGAAGGAAGCCAACAAGCAGCAGAAUUUCAACACCGGAAUCAAGGAUUUUGAUUUCUGGCUUUCCGAGGUGGAAGCUCUCCUUGCAUCCGAAGAUUACGGGAAAGACCUGGCCUCGGUGAACAAUCUCCUGAAGAAGCACCAGUUGCUGGAAGCCGACAUCUCUGCCCAUGAGGAUCGCCUGAAGGACCUCAACGGCCAAGCCGAUAGCCUGAUGACCAGCAGUGCUUUCGACACCUCCCAAGUCAAGGACAAACGCGACACCAUCAACGGGCGUUUUCAGCGGAUCAAGAACAUGGCGGCCGGACGGCGGGCGAAGCUGAACGAGUCCCACCGUUUGCACCAGUUCUUCCGAGAUAUGGACGAUGAGGAGUCCUGGAUCAAAGAGAAGAAGUUGCUGGUUAGCUCGGAAGACUACGGACGGGACCUCACUGGGGUGCAGAACCUGAGGAAGAAACACAAACGCCUGGAAGCCGAGCUAGCGGCCCACGAACCUGCCAUCCAGGGCGUGUUGGACACCGGCAAGAAGCUGUCCGACGACAACACAAUCGGGAAAGAUGAAAUCCAGCAGCGAUUGGCUCAGUUUUUGGAGCACUGGCAAGAGCUGAACCGGCUGGCCGCUGCACGUGGUCAGCGGCUUGAGGAGUCUCUCGAAUAUCAACAGUUUGUGGCCAACGUGGAGGAAGAAGAGUCCUGGAUUAACGAGAAGAUGACUCUGGUGGCCAGUGAGGACUACGGAGACACCCUCGCAGCCAUACAGGGCCUGCUGAAGAAACACGAAGCGUUCGAGACGGAUUUCACCGUGCACAAGGACCGGGUGAACGACGUCUGUGCCAAUGGCGAGGACCUGAUCCAGAAGAACAACCACCACGAGGAGAACAUCACCGCCAAGAUGAAGAGCCUGAAGGGCAAAGUGUCCGAUCUGGAGAGGGCGGCCUCUCAGAGGAAGGCCAAGUUGGAUGAGAACUCCGCUUUCCUCCAGUUCAACUGGAAAGCAGACGUGGUGGAAUCAUGGAUAGGCGAGAAAGAAAACAGCCUGAAGACAGACGACUACGGGCGAGACCUCUCUUCGGUGCAGACCCUCCUCACCAAGCAGGAAACCUUCGAUGCGGGUCUCCACGCCUUCGCCCAGGAAGGCAUCGCCAACAUCACCACCCUGAAAGACCAGCUGCUGGCCGCCAAGCACGUCCAGUCGAAAGCCAUCGAGGCUCGCCACGCCUCGCUCAUGAAGCGCUGGAACCAGCUGCUGGCCAACUCGGCUGCCCGGAAGAAAAAACUCUUGGAGGCCCAGGAACAUUUCAGAAAGGUGGAGGACCUCUUCCUGACCUUUGCCAAGAAAGCCUCGGCCUUCAACAGCUGGUUCGAGAACGCCGAAGAGGAUCUGACCGACCCCGUGCGCUGCAACUCCCUGGAAGAGAUCAAGGCAUUGCGAGAAGCUCACGACGCCUUCCGGUCCUCGCUCAGCUCCGCCCAGGCCGACUUCAAUCAGCUGGCCGAGCUUGACCGACAGAUCAAGAGCUUCCGCGUGGCCUCCAACCCUUACACCUGGUUCACGAUGGAAGCCCUGGAGGAGACCUGGAGGAACCUGCAGAAGAUAAUCAAGGAACGGGAAUUGGAGCUUCAGAAAGAGCAACGCAGGCAGGAGGAGAACGAUAAACUGCGGCAGGAGUUUGCUCAGCACGCCAACGCCUUCCACCAGUGGAUUCAGGAGACCAGAACCUACCUGCUCGAUGGCAUAGCCUACCGUCGUGUCGUUCGCGUCUAUCAGUAUGAAGUUGGGGAUGAUCUGUCUGGAAGGUCCUGCAUGGUGGAAGAAUCCGGCACUCUGGAGUCUCAGCUGGAAGCCACCAAGCGCAAACACCAGGAGAUCCGGGCCAUGAGGAGCCAGCUGAAGAAAAUCGAAGACCUCGGAGCAGCCAUGGAGGAGGCGCUGAUUUUGGACAACAAGUACACUGAGCACAGCACCGUGGGGCUGGCACAACAGUGGGACCAGCUGGAUCAGCUCGGCAUGAGGAUGCAGCACAACCUGGAGCAGCAGAUACAGGCCAGAAACACCACUGGUGUCACCGAAGAAGCUCUGAAGGAAUUCAGCAUGAUGUUUAAGCACUUUGACAAGGAUAAAUCGGGCCGUCUGAACCACCAGGAAUUUAAGUCCUGCUUGCGCUCUCUGGGUUACGACCUGCCCAUGGUGGAGGAGGGAGAACCAGACCCGGAAUUCGAGGCUAUUCUCGACACGGUCGAUCCCAACCGGGAUGGACACGUCUCCCUGCAAGAGUACAUGGCCUUCAUGAUCAGCAGGGAGACGGAGAACGUGAAGUCCAGCGAGGAGAUCGAGAGCGCUUUCCGCGCCCUCAGCUCGGAGGGCAAGCCCUACGUGACCAAGGAAGAACUUUACCAAAACCUGAGCCGGGAGCAGGCGGAUUACUGCAUCUCGCACAUGAAGCCCUACAUGGACAGCAAAGGCCGAGAGCUUCCCUCCGCCUACGACUACAUCGAAUUCACACGCUCCCUCUUCGUGAAUUGAUUCCCGGCGCUCGCCUCCCCCUGCCUCUCUUCCCUCCCCCCGGGAUCCCGAGAAUGCGCUCGCGUCUUCUUCGGCCUCUUCGCUCUUUGCAUGUCUCCCCUCCUCUCGUCACUCGAAAAUAAUCCCCAGUGUAACCUUUAAAAAAACCCGCUUCGCUUAGAAGGAAACAAACAAAACACAAAAAUAUGUCACGGUGUGUGCUUCAAUAAAAGUUGCUAGUCUGAAUU